AUGGCCGGCGAUACUAGGCUCACGCAGCCGCGAAGUUUCUCCGAUCCGGCAGCCGGAAACGCGCCUAACACAGCGCCGCGUAACGCGGCGCCAAUCCCGGCGGCGGAGCUUCCGCCGCCCUCAUUCCACGUGGACGUGGCGAUUGCGGGCGGCGGCCUCGCGGGGCUCGCGCUCGCCGCCGGCCUGCAGUCGCGCGGCGUCGAGGCGGCCGUUUUCGAGGCAGCGCCCGCGCUGCGAUCGAGCAACAGCACCGUCCUCGUCAUCUGGCCGAACGGCGCCGCCGCCCUCGACGGAAUCCUGCCCGGGUUGAGCGCUUCCGUGGCGCGACACGGCACGCUGCCCAGGGGAGGCGGAGAGGCGGAAGCGGGGGAAACGGGGGGGACGGGGGGAGCAGGGGAAGCGGGGGAAGCUGGAAGAGCUUGGGAAGCGGGAGGAGUGAGGGGAGCGGUGGGAUUGGGGGAGGGGAGUGAAGAAAGCGGAAGAAGUGAGGUUGAGGCGGUAAAUGUGGUCUGUGAGGUCGCGGGUUCGAAUCCUGGCGAGAAGCAAUUAGUGGUUGUGAGGGCGAAGGUGCUCGUGGGAGCUGAUGGAGUGAGAUCAGCCGUGAGGGAUCAGAUGAUUGGCGACUCGCCACGUUUUCUCAAUCAGAUCGCUUGGAAUUCGUUCCUGAGCACUCCAGUUGAUGUCAGCAGUCCCACUGACGUCAGCAGCUCAAGAGAAUCAAGAGAGGCUGCUGUUCCUGAAUUGACGGCCCUGAUUGACGAGGUGACGGGAUGCAGUGCGAUCUUCAUCACUUUGAAGAACGGCGAGAGAUUCUGGCAGGUGCGAUACGUGGAUUACGAAAUGGACCCAACACUCCAAGGCACCCCCUUUGCAGGCUUCGGCAGCAAGCACAACAUUAAAGCCCGCCUCCUCCCUCUCAUCCAAACCAACCUCCCGCACCACCCGCUCUGGGAACGAGCCUUCCAAGAAGCUUCCUCCACCCCGGAGAAUCUAAUCUUCGAGCGUCGCCAGCUGGACCGUCCGCCGCCCGCUGAUUCGUGGAGCGACCCUGUAUGCGGUAACAGGGUUGUUCUUAUAGGGGAUGCGGCCCAUGCCAUGGAUCCUGGGCCGGGGCAGGGGGCACUGACAGGGUUUGAGGAUGCUCACCAGUUGUCCCUGUGCUUGGGUGAGGCGUGGGAUCCGGACCUGCUUACCAAGCCUGCUGCCGUGGCUGCUGCGGUUUGGGAGUUUGAGGCUCGACGGAUAGCGCGAUGCGUGAAGGUGCAUCGGCAUGCGACCGGGCUGAUUGGGUAUGGGGAGGAGGGGAGGGAGUUCAAGAGCAGGAGUGUGGAGCAUCAGAUGAAAGCUAGCAUGGAGUUGACGAGGUGGAUGUACUCUUACCCUGACAAGAUCGAUGGCGAUCCAGAGUCCAAUUUUUUCAAGUGA